CCAAGCCCAUCCUUGCUGGGUUCUGUGCCUGCAGGGACAGCUGCUGUGCCUCCUACCUGGGGGCAAUGGCUGGGGCUGGGGCGGGACUCAGGACCCGACAUCUGGGCAGCUGAAGGGCACAGGGAACUCUGACCUCCCGGUGUUGGGGACAGGAGCCAGCAUUCUGCCGGAGGAGGAGGGAGAAGGCAGCCACGGGGCCAGACGACAGGCCUGGUGGCAUAGAAACCAUCCCUGCAGCAUGUGGGGCGCCAGCCGGGGGCCCUGGGCCACCUGCACGCCCAGCUCAGCACAGACAGCCCCGGGGUCUGGGUGCCAUGUGAAGGGGACACAGCGGACGUCUGUGGGGUAGGGGGCAGCCUGGGGCACUGGACCUCAGGGGGCUGACUGACCUCUCUACAGGAUGCCCUCAGUGUGGGGCGCUGGCCUCCAGGAGGCUGCCCUUAGACGGGGGUGCAGGGGAGCCCUCCCCAGCUGGACCUUAGUCCCUAGGCUCCAGCGGAGCCUCCCUGGGGGGCGUGGCUGGGAGUGGACGAGGGAGGGGAGCCUCCAAGCCCUUCCUCCUGCCCUUCCUUGAGGCUCUGGAUCAGCUCUCAGCCCACCCAGGCCUGGUGGGGGCCCCAGGAACCAAGAUGAGGCUGGAGUCCCCCAGAUGUACACCCCUUCUACCUACAAAGGGGUCAGAAAGCCUUGGCGGGGGUGGUGGACUCAGCUUAGGGGCGGCCAGGACAAGACAGUGCAGGACAGAGGCCCCCUGACCAGGCGUCCGGGCCUCCUUGUCCUCUCCCUGAGCUGCUGUCUUCUGCCUGGGGUGGGCGGGGGCAGGCUGGCACCUGGCUGUCAGGCCAUGGCUGGGUAUCACCUGGUCUGACUCAGAUUGACGCCCGGCAGCUUAGAUAACUACAUGGGCUGGGGUGCUGGGGGGCAGGCUGAGCACGUGGAGAUGGGUGGAGGAGUCCAGCUGGGAGGGAAACCCGCAGCGAUUCCCCCCUCCCCACUGCACAGGCUCGGCUCUGCCAAGAGAGGGAGACCAGGGAAGCCAGCCGGGGGUGGCGGAAGGAGGAGGGGGAGGCUUCUUAAGAUCCGAUCUGGCUCCUUUGCGUUUGCCUGGAAGCUGUGUCUGGGGCCAAGCGAGCAAACCCUGCCCGCAUUUCAGUCCCCAAGCUGAGGGGCCGGGAGGGGGUCUGUAAAGGUUGGGGUGCCAGGGGAGGUCUCUCCCCACCACUACACAGAUCAGACCUCCUCAUCUCCUGCCUGCCCGAGGCCACCAUUGAGCCUAGUCCAGAGCCUGCCCAAGAGCAACUCCUAUGAGAAGUGACGGGGGUGGGGGUACUUUAUGUCCGUCUUCCCAGAGGGUCUGCUUGAGAUCGGGAGGCAGUGUCUGACAAGGAAGCCAGGCUGUAGGAAGUUGGGGAUGAAAACGGGACUCGCAUUUAAAAAUGAACCAGGAGGCUGUCUCCUCCAAGAACAAAUUUAGAGAUUUAAAAAAACCUGCUUCCGCACUGCUUGAGCCGCGCGUGUUCCGGGUGCCGGGCAGGGAAGAGGUGGGAAGGGCCCGGAAGGCCAGACCGGCGGCUGCGGGUGGAGGGCACAGCCCUGGUGCCACCCCCAGGGCUCAGCGUGGGUGCCCCAGUCCUGCCUACGGGGGGUCUUUGGGCUUGGGUAGGCGGGAAGGAGGGCGCUGCCCUCGGGUCCCUGGGCAGUGGCCUCAGCCUGGCCUCUCGCCUCUGUGACCUUCACCUCUCCACAGAGCGCAGACUGCAGAAGUCUUGCUCUGGGGUGGAGGUCCAGGGGGGUAGGGUGUGCGGCCGGUCGGCAUGAUGUCCCAGGGGCAGGAGUGCCAGUCAAGGCACAGUGGACGCUGCCGGCUGUGGGGUGUGGACCGGGCUAAGGGGGAUGGACGUGACCCGGCAGCAGUGAGGAGGGGCGUGGACACCAGGCCUGUGGGGUUUCCUGGAGGUUUCUAACCGGAGACUGAGCCAGCCCUGCCUGGAGGAGGAGAGAGGGUGGGUGCAGAAGCACAGAGAGAUCAGAGGCCCCCCCCCCCCAGGCUGGGUGUCUGCAGGAGGCAGGAAUACGGCAGGCCUCUCCUUCACGGGGCCAGGUGAGGCGCCCGCCUCCGAGUCUCCAGGGUACUCUGGCCCCCAAGUCUCCAGGGGACACGGCCCCCCACGCGGCUGGGAGGGAGCACGUGGGCCCUUCUGCUCCAGCUGCCACCUCCUGCCCGUCAGCACCUCCCGCCCCGGCUUCCCUGGAGCUCCCAGCCCACAUGCUCACCUCAGUGCACAGCCCCUGCUGCAGGGGUUCUAGAAAGCAUCCUCCCCACCCCUCCAGGAAGACCCCUGCCCCCCAGGACUCUCCCCAUGGCAUCUGUGGGCGUCCCUGGGAAGAAGGGCGUCAGGGAGGGGGCGACCAGUUUGAUAAAAACAACUGCGUCAGGUACACUGAGCCAGCGGACAAGGAGACGUGGGGUCAGCUGUGAAGCUGGGCAGCUGAGAGGGUGCAGCCCGUCCCUGCCCCCUGCCUCCUGCUCUGGCAGCCUCCAUGUGCAGGCAGGGCAAAGCAGGACCGGCCUAAAGGCCUGCAAAGACAGCCGGGUUAGCAGCCUUGUCGCUGGACUGCUCGGACGCAAGCCUGCCACCUUCUACUGCCUGACCUGAGACAAGAUACUGAGUCUCCAGGGCCUCUGUUUCCCCAUUUGCAAGUGGGGCUGACAGCGCGUCUCAGCCCAGGGAAUAGCUGGGGGACCAGGGACCGCGCACAGCUGCUUGUGGCUAUGGUAACGUGUCUCCCUGGUCCAGAGCCUUCCUGCAGGAGGUGAUGCUUCCAGCACCCCUACCACUCCCGCACUGCCCCCUGCUGCCCGGGCCCCUGACGCAGCCCCCCAGGAGAGGAGUGACCGAGCCCAGGGCCUUUCAAACUUGACCAGAUACAUGAAUUGCCUGUGAUCUUCUAAGAGGCAGGUUCCAACCCCAUCAGCCUGGCCUGGGUCUAGAAAGUCCCUGGGGAGGCUGGUGCUGUUGACCCCUGGACUGCCCUUGAGUAGCAGGGGGCUGGGUGGGGCAUAAAGCCCCGGUUUCUGCUCUGGGGGGCACUCGGGGUGCUCGACUCUCAGCUCUUGACCAAUCUCCGCCCAGAUUCUCGCAGCAGGGCUGCCCUCCACUCUGUGCCCCUGUCCCGGGACUGGACAAAAAUGCCCACAGGGCUGAGGGGCUCGGAGCCUGGAGACCCCCCACCCUCACUUGUUUCCGUUCUCCACCUGGGUGGGGUCUCCCCUCCCAGAUGGUGUGUGGGGUCUCCCCUCCCAGACAGUAUGAAUUUAUUCCUCAGCGGCCAGCGCCUGCCUUAGCAGCUGUGCCCCCGGCUUCCUGAAGUAGGUCACACUUUCCUAACGAGGCUGAAAGCUUCCGGGUUUUGCGGGGGGAAGGGGGUCCUCAAGUUGGAGGUGGGCCGGAGGGCAGAGUGCUGGGCCCAGGGGUCCCUGAGGCGUGCUUCUGGGGUCCCCAGGCAGGCAGGACCACUCCCCAAGGAGCAGUCUGCACCCCAUGGACCUGGGGAGGGGCUUGUUCUUGUCAGGCUUCUCUGGAGAUCUCAGGGCCACCAGUGUCCCCUCCCCCCAGACGGUGGCUUUAGUGGACCUCACGCUGGGGGGUGGGGUGCCAGGACCUGCACUCAAGUCACCUUCACGGCCAGGUGCUCACUCUAGGAAGUGGGUGGGGAGGUGGGGAUGAGCCCAGGUGGGCAUGGGGAGAGGGCUCUCGGCCACCUGUCUCCCCAUGGCAGCCGGAAAGACUCGUGGGUGGGUCUGAGAGUGGAAGGGCCCCCUAGGGGCCUCUUUCGACCUUGCUUCUAGGCCAGAGGUCCCUCCCCCGCCACCCCAUGCACCUGUCUGCUGGGGGCACUUGAGAACUGCCGGAGGGGCGGCAUCUGAGGGUGCGUGAGUGCACGCGUAUGCGUGUGUCAGCACGUGCCCUGGCUGCACGCUCUCUGGGGUUGUCUCCCCACAUGCCAUGUUGGGAGCGUGUGUGCACCCUGCUCAGUCCACACCUACAUGUCUCCCUGCUGGGGCCACUGCAGGGAACCAUCACCAGGGAGCGGGCCUCUGUCCCUGGCUGGCCGUGUGACCAGGCUAGCUGGUCUUCAUCUCUGAGCCUGGGUGGCUGCUGACCCGCCCAGUACCGGGUGGAUGCUUUGAGCUGCUGACAUGAGGGUCCUUGCUGGUGGGAGCACUGAGGGGCUAUUCCAAGGGUUGGGGCCGAGAGGGUGGACAGUGACCUCGGUGAUGGAGGUCUGGAGGCUGUGUGUGAGCCCGGCCCACGGUGACUGCCAUGUGACAGCUGCUUGCCUGGCAUGGGCUCAGGAACAGGGAUGUGAGGUUGGGGGCAGGAAAGAGUGCUCAGCGGCCAGGCUUGUAAGCUGCUGACCCUUCCCUGGGGAGGAUAGGGGCCCUGGCUUCUCCUUGUGUCUACCUGGGGUCACCUAGACUGUCUUCCAAGACAGUGUGUCCUGAGUUCAGCAGACAUGAACUCGCCUCCCACGAUUAGACUGGUCUCAUGGGGGACAGUAUGUUUUGCUUAUUGCCUUCGAGAUAAGGAGACUGAGAUCCAGAGAGCCGAUGGGGUUUAACUUACAGAGCGGCUGACACAGACUUGAACCCAGAGCCCACCCUGACCUGGGCGUUUCAGCCAGGAGCCCAUGGGGUCUGGUGCUAGGAGGUGGGGAGGCAUCCGGAGAUGACCCCUAAGCUGCUCCUCCACCGCCAAGCCCAGGACCCUGGUCCAUCCUCAAGGUUGCUCCCUCACUCCACAUCUGCCCAGCGUGCCUCCUCUGCAGCCCCUGUGACGCUGUGAGCCCUCCAGAGCAGGGGAUGGGGGCUAAAGUCCAGAGCCAGAGCCAGGUCCCCCCUCCCCCCCCCCGAAGGAGUCCCCUCCCUACCUCCCCCCCCAUCCCAAGUGGCCCCCACGCUGAGCAGGUGCCCCUGCCUGGCCGCUGCUGAGGACCCGCGGGCGCUGCGCUCUGACUGGGCUCGAGAGGCCAGGAGGCAGCUUGGCAGCUGUAUGGAAGCGGGGAGGAGGCGGGAGAGGCCCCUGGUGCCCGAGGGAAACCCUGAUGGUGAUGAGAUUCCAGGGCUCAGCAGGCCCCCAGCAGCUCCUCCCACAUCCUCAGUGCCUGCUCGGCUCUGCCAUUGGCUCCCGGGCUCCCAGAAUUAAACCGGUUGUGGGAGGGGGAGCGGGAGGCUGCAACCUGGAGCCACCGGGGACCCGUGUGGCCGCCCUCUGCGAGCAGCAUCGCGGUCCCCCUCCCAACUGGCCUUCCCCACCUGGCGCCAGGCCCAGCUGUGAUGGGGCCCUUGGCCAUAUUGGGAGGGAAGCAGGGAGGGCCUGUGCCAUUGGGUUGGGGUGGGAGCGGGUCCCUUGGGAGAUGGAACCCCCUCUCCUUGUCCCUGGCCCUGCAAGCUCACCCUCUGCUGGACCUGUCUCCCCACUGCAGCACGAGCCCCUGAGCUGAUGAGUUUUUCCCCAGACCUGCCGGAGGCGGAGGACGGAGUACGGCUGCUCCCCCACUAGGAGACCGUGGAGGGAAAGCAGGGGGCUGCCCCGUGGAGAAAGCGGGGCCUGGGGCUCUCCCGUGACCCACCCACUGACCGACCUACCAACUGCCCUGUGCUGGGCCUGGUCUCUGCCUCCCUGGGGGCCAUGGACUGACUGAACGGACGGACGGGGGCUCCUCUCCCCGGAGGUGCAGGGCCUGGCCACAGUGCAGCCGCCAUGCUGGCCCUGGGCAGCAGCCCUGAGCCGAGGGACACCAAGGGGCACACCUGGCUCGCUCUAUGGAGGCGGAUCUCUUGGCUCGCCUGCUGGAUCGCCUUGUGCACGGCGGAGGCUGUCCCUGCCUGCCCCUUCCCCUGCACGUGUGACGGCCGCGGUCUGCAGGUGGACUGCAGCGGCCUGGGCCUGACUGCGCCGCCCCCGGACCUGCCAGCAGCCACCCGCAGCCUCCUGCUCCUCAACAACAGGCUGAGCUCCCUGCCCAGCGGGGCCUUCGCCAACCUGUCGGGCCUGCAGCGGCUGGACCUCUCCAACAACUUCCUGGACCGGCUGCCGCGCAUGGCCUUCGGGGACCUGGCCAACCUGACAGAGCUGCAGCUCCGAAACAACAGCCUCCGGGCCCUGGACGCCGCGCUGCUGCGGCCCCUGCCGCGCCUGCGCCACCUGGACCUGUCCCUCAACGGGCUGUCCCGGCUCCCGCCCGGCCUCUUCGACGGGCUGCCUGCCCUGCGCUCCCUGUCACUGCGCGCCAACCGCCUGCAGAGCCUGGACCGCCGGACCUUUGAGCCCCUGGCCGGCCUGCAGCUGCUGCAGAUGGCAGACAACCCCUGGGAGUGUGACUGCCACCUGCGGGACUUCAAGCGCUGGCUCGAGUGGUUCUCCUACCGAGGGGGGCGCCUGGACCAGCUGGCCUGCACCCUGCCCAAGGAGCUGAGGGGGAAGGACAUGCGCAUGGUCCCCAUGGAGAUGUUCAACUACUGUUCCCAGCUGGAGGAUCAGAAUAGCUCAGCCGGGCAGGAGGUCUCCGGGCCGCCCUGCACCAAGGCCAGCCCGGAGCCUGCCAAGCCCAAGCCGGGCCCCGAGCCCGAGCCCGAGCCCAGCACCGCCUGCCCCCAGAAGCAGAGGCCACGGCCUGUGAGCGUGCGGCGGGCCAUCGGCACGGUGAUCAUCGCGGGCGUGGUCUGCGGUGUGGUCUGCAUCAUGAUGGUGGUGGCCGCCGCCUACGGCUGCAUCUAUGCCUCCCUCAUGGCCAAGUACCACCGCGAGCUCAAGAAGCGCCAGCCCCUCAUGGGUGACCCGGAGGGCGAGCAGGAGGACCAGAAGCAGAUCUCCUCCGUGGCCUGAGAGCCCGGCAAAGAGGGUGGGGGAGUGCGCUGGCUCUCUCUCUGCCAUCCCCUUUCCACCUUCCUCCCAGCCUCCGUGGACCCUGAGCCUCCGGAAGCCACCAGCGUGUGCUGACGCUCCUCCUGGGGCCCCCAGAGCUCUGGACUGCGGGCAGAAAGGACAGGUGUGCCACAGAGUCUCCUGGGCCCGGCGCCCCCAUGCCCCUUCAGCCUGUCCUGCAGUCAGAGCUCACAGCCUGUGAUGCUCCCCACCUCUGGCUCGACUCAUCUCGCCUGCAUCUGGGGUGCGGGGCCGGUUUCUGGAACUCUCUUCUGAGCUGGCCGAUGUUGGGCCCAGCUUCCAGUGGCUGGUACCAACGUGCAGUCAGACCAGCCCUGCCAUUGAGACCGGCGCUUGGAAACCCAGCACCACGCCCUGGCUGACAGUGCCAGGCCCUGAGUUACCGACCUCCCCACCCCGCUCACUGUUCACUCUCCCAGUCGCUCGGCGUUGCACUCACAGUCGCAUGGGGACAGAGGUUGUAGAACCUCGGGGAGCAGAGCCAGGCCUCCCCCUUGGUCUCGGCACCCAGACCACACAACCUCCUGCUUGCUGACACAAACUCCCGCAGCUGACUGGGAGAAGCCCAAACCCAUGGCCACGAGGAUUCCUUUCAGAUCCUCUCCAGGGUCCAAGGUGAAGCUGCUGGAUGAGGCUGCUCGUUGCCAUGGUAACCUGCUCACACCUCUCCUGCUGGGCUUUCUGGGGAUGCCGCUGGCCCAGAAGCCUUGAGGCUGCAGCGUGUGUGGACGGCGGGUCCCCUGGGUGUCCAGGUACAGACCGGGCUUGUCCUCAGCACUGCCGAAGUACAUCCCUGCCAGGCCCUGUGGGGCCCCCCACCCCCACUCCCACAGCCUGCAGCCCCAGAACUGUUGCUCUGAACCUUCACCCCCCCUGCCCCUACCUUCAGCAUCCCUGGGCCUGUGACCUCGGGGCGGGGGACUGGCUCAUACUCUGUGACUGCCCUGCCAGCACAUCCCAAGCAGACGCUGGGAACAGCGAAAGGCCGCCUGCAUUCUGCUCAGAGGCAUCAGUAGAGGGGGCAGGGUCCCUUUCCCAGCGUUCUGUCUGCUCCAUCUGGCUUCCCACAAUCCUCGCGGCCCCUAGACUGGGGCCCAAACCAGAGCACAGCCCUGGGAGCCUGUCUAUCUCUACCUGUAGCCCCUAAACCACCAAAGGGACUGAGGCUGGGGAUGGGGGUGGGAGGGGGCAGUGCAGGCUCUCCUUACCCAGGUCUGCCCCCUUGGUCAGUGUGAUCUGAGGUGAGUCUGGGGCUCUCUCUGCAGGACACCAGCCUUCCCCAGCUUAUGGAGGGUUGGGAGCCAUCAGGCUGGUUUCUGGCUCUGAGACGGGAGGUCUCGAGGGGGUGGGUGCCCAGAACACGGGUCUGAGGCAGGACAAGGACGGGGGUGCUGAGUGCAGGCUGCCCACCCGGCUGGCCACAGUCUUCCUUCUUUCGAGGUGCUGGCUGACACUGGAUCUGGGGGUUCGGGGAGUAGGGGAAGGCUGGGUGUUGUCAGUGGUGGAAUCUUAGCCUGAGACAGAAGAUUUUUAAAGGCAAAAUUAUAUUUCUGGUUUGUUGUUUCAGAUGACCAAUAAAGACUGUAUUUU